ACUCAAAGCGCUGCCCGUCAUGGGUGGCGAGCCACCAACGCCAUCGCACGUCUCAAUCCGCACCCGACUGCUGAACAUACCGCCUUUCCUUUUUCCCCUACCGCAAUGCAGCUAUGUGUCGUUUCCGCUUUAUUUUUUACGAUCGCGCGCUGCAGCGGUGAGACAUAGCGCUCUCUGUCUGGCGGAGGUUCGGCGUAUUGCUGUCUCUAUCUGUCGCGACGAGGGCGCGGGGUACGGAGGCGAGUCGAGCUUUGGUGGGGUCCAGUCGCUCACAGUCGCUUCGAACGUCGCCGCGUGUACAUGUGUCUUACUUGCUCAGUCUGCGCUCCGUUUGCAAAGUGUACACUAAAUUAAACUCCCUUACGUGAUUGUAUCGUGAAGUUCAAAAGUGAUAGUAAAAGUUAUCUCCAAAUGGUGGUGCUUGAAGACGGUGGAAUGAUGGCUACAAAUCCCAACCAGUACUUACAACCAGAUUAUUUAGCACCGCUUCCGUCCACUUUGGACUCGAAAAAAAGCCCGCUUGCGCUUCUAGCGCAAACCUGCAGCCAAAUUGGUGUUGACUCGACACCUUCAAAGCCGCUGCUCCCGCCACACGACAAGAAAAAAGUGAACAGUGUUAAUAACAGUGAUAUAAUAAGUCGUUCGUCACCAAACAGUAAUACAAUGAAACAAGACAAGCCAAGAUCGUCUCCGGAAAGCAAACAUUUGGCGUUCAAGCCAUACGAGGCAAACGUUAUAACAAAAAAGCCGGAUGAGACUCGGCCCUCUUCCAAAGCUAGUUCGGACAGUUCCGAAGACAAGAAAUCUGGAAAGAGCACCCCGGGACGUAAAUCAACAUCGCCCAGUGGUGAAAAUGGAAAAAACAGUCCUUCAAACGAAACAAAAUCUUCUUCAGCCAGUUCAUCUGGAACAAGCCCUAUAAUCCGGUCCGGAUUAGAGGUUUUGGGACACGGCAAGGAUCAUCUGGGCGCUUUCAAGAAUAUACCCGGAUUACCGGGAUUUAAUCCGCUCUCUGGACUUUGUUGCCCGCCUGGAUUGGAGCAGCACGGAAACCCGGCAUUCAGACCACCGUAUGCCGGAGCACCAUUCAAUGCUCAUCAUGCCGCUAUGCUUGCCGCCGCAGCUGCUUUUCCCGGAUCUUCAGCAAAUCCAUACCUUGGAUAUGCGAGAGUUAAAACACCUGCCGGGGGAGAGACACUGGUCCCUGUCUGCAAAGAUCCAUAUUGCACCGGCUGCCAGUUCUCAGUCAACAACCACCAUCUGUUAAUGAGCAAUGGAUCUUGCCCCGCCGGGUGCACACAAUGCGAACAUCAAAAGUACAACUUAGCGAUGGCAAUGGCUCUGUCACAGCAAGGGGCCGCCGCUAGUAGUUUGCCCUACCACCAGCUGAGCCGACCCUACGUUUGCAACUGGAUCGUCGGCGAAUCUUACUGCGGCAAGCGGUUUGGAAAUUCCGAGGAAUUGUUACAGCACUUGAGAAGCCACACAGCCGACGGAUCCGCUCCAUCGACCAGUGCAUCGACUCAAGCAUCCAUUUUAAAUCAAUUUAAUCCACUGUUCACGACUGCCGGUCUUCGUAGCGCAUACCCGACGGCGCCGCUCAGCCCACUUUCUGCGAGUAGAUACCAUCCUUACUCAAAAGCUGGUCUCCCGGCCAGCCUCAGUGCUUCACCAUACGGUGCCUUCAACCCUGCGCUCGGACCGUUUUAUUCUCCCUACGCCAUGUAUGGACAGAGACUUGGGGCGGCAGCCGUUCACCAGUAAACUAAGUGAAGUGAUAACUUGGACCGAACAAACUUUUAAACUAUACUUAUAUUGUCCAAUUUUCUUCUGUGAUAUUAAUAAAGUAACUCAGUGGACGGCGUUACGCACCAUGACAAAUUUAGUGAUUAGUGCAAUUUAAUGAUAGUUAUUUAUCUAAGUGUUCUCUAAGGAUGAUUGAUACUUUGCGAGUAUUGGAUAAUCGUAAGGAUUAUACAGCCAAAUGUUUUUUUUUCUUUUGUGUGUAAAUAAUCUCUAUGUUUAAUUAAAAUGAAUUAUUUGAAAUAUAAUAUUACAUACC